CGCGCUCGGAAUUGUGGGCGACUCGGCUAAUGGCGUCGGCAAGUCUGGGCACCCUGAGUGGGCAUCGCUGAAGCUUGUGGCCAGUUCGGCCGGUGACGCCCGCCGUGGCCGGGCCCUGCGGCAGCGGGAGGGACCUGCCCGUCUGGUGGGCUCCUUGGCCGGUGCCGGUGGAGCCUGGUAGGGCGGCACGGCUGCGGGCAGGUCUCGGCGAGCAGCCUGCGGCGGUGCGGGGCGACGCGGGGGGAGCUCGGGCACGCCUCGGGGGACGCAGCCCAGCUCCGGCCGUGCGCCCGCUGUGCCCUGAGCUCCGGCUGCGAAAGGCUGAGGAGCCACCGGCUCGCUGCUGGUCGCACAAGCAACUGACAGUGCUUGCUUGGUCGCUCUGGUCCAGAUCGGCGGGGACCCCGGGGGGACCAUGUCCUGCACCAACAGCCCCGAGGCUGUGAAGAAACUGCUGGAGAAUAUGCAGAGCGAUCUGCGGGCCUUGUCACUAGAAUGCAAGAAGAAGUUCCCACCUGUCAAGGAGGCUGCUGAAUCGGGAAUAAUAAAAGUUAAAACAAUAGCUGCAAGAAACACCGAAAUUUUGGCAGCAUUGAAAGAGAACAGCUCAGAAGUCGUGCAGCCUUUCCUAAUGGGGUGUGGAACCAAGGAACCAAAGGUCACUCAGCUGUGUUUAGCGGCCAUCCAGAGGCUCAUGUCACACGAAGUGGUGUCUGAGGCCGCUGCUGGAAACAUAAUUAACAUGCUUUGGCAGCUCAUGGAAAACAGCCUGGAAGAACUUAAGCUGCUUCAAACAGUUCUUGUUCUCUUAACAACCAACACCGUAGUUCAUGACGAGGCACUUUCCAAGGCAAUAGUUCUUUGUUUUCGACUCCACUUCACAAAGGACAAUAUUACAAAUAAUACGGCUGCUGCUACAGUCCGACAGGUCGUAACUGUUGUCUUCGAGAGGAUGGUUGCUGAAGACGACAGGCACAGAGAUAUAGACCCUCCAGUGCUGAUCCAAGGAAACAGUAACAGACGGUCUGUCAGCACGCUGAGACCCUGUGCGAAAGACGCAUAUAUGCUCUUCCAGGACCUCUGUCAGUUGGUUAAUGCUGACGCCCCUUACUGGCUAGUAGGCAUGACGGAAAUGACUCGGACAUUCGGCCUUGAGUUGCUAGAGUCUGUCCUUAAUGAUUUUCCACAAGUGUUUUUACAACAUCAAGAAUUCAGUUUUCUCCUCAAAGAAAGGGUGUGUCCACUUGUGAUCAAGCUCUUUUCACCAAAUAUAAAGUUCAGACAAGGUUCCAGUACUUCAUCUUCUCCAGCACCAGUUGAAAAACCAUAUUUUCCUAUUUGCAUGCGUUUACUGAGAGUGGUGUCUGUUCUGAUCAAGCAGUUUUACAGUCUUUUGGUGACUGAGUGUGAAAUAUUUCUGUCCCUUCUGGUGAAGUUUUUGGAUGCAGAUAAGCCACAGUGGCUCCGAGCCGUUGCCGUGGAGUCGAUACACAGGCUCUGUGUGCAGCCUCGGUUGUUAAGGUCCUUUUGUCAGUCGUAUGACAUGAAGCAACAUUCCACCAAGGUUUUCCGAGACAUUGUGAAUGCCCUGGGGUCUUUUAUCCAGUCUCUGUUUCUUGUCCCACCUACUGGAAAUCCUGCUGCAGCCAACCAAGCUGGGAACAACAAUGCUGGUGGCCCAGCCUCAGCACCAGCUAACUCAGGGGUGGUGGGCAUUGGUGCAGGUGUCACUCUGCUGCCAGCGUUUGAGUACCGAGGAGCUUGGAUACCUAUCCUGACGAUUACAGUUCAAGGCAGUGCUAAAGCCACCUACCUAGAGAUGCUGGACAAAGUUGAACCCCCAACUAUACCAGAAGGCUAUGCCAUGUCCGUGGCGUUCCACUGUCUGUUGGAUCUUGUCCGAGGAAUCACCACUAUGAUAGAAGGAGAGUUAGGAGAGGUAGAAACAGAGAGUCCCACUGUCACGGAAGGAGCAUCUUCACAGUCAUCAGAACGGCGAGAUGAGCAGUCCGCAUCAGACCACAUGGAUCAGGAAACAGUAAGCAGAGCUGUUUGGGAAGAGAUGGUGAGCGCUUGCUGGUGUGGUCUCCUUGCUGCACUCUCACUUCUACUUGAUGCCAGCACAGAUGAGGCUGCCACGGAGAACAUUUUGAAGGCUGAACUGACCAUGGCUGCUCUCUGUGGAAGACUGGGCCUUGUAACUUCAAGAGAUGCCUUUAUAACUGCAAUAUGCAAGGGCUCCUUGCCUCCACAUUAUGCUCUGACUGUGCUGAACGCCACCACUGCAGCUACACUCUCCAACAAAUCAUAUUCUAUCCAGGGCCAAAGUGUUAUGAUGAUCAGCCCAUCCAGCGAGUCUCACCAGCAAGUUGUGGCCGUGGGUCAGCCUCUCGCAGUGCAGCCUCAAGGAACAGUGAUGCUGACUUCCAAAAAUAUCCAGUGCAUGAGGACGCUACUUAACCUGGCACACUGUCAUGGUGCUGUUCUCGGAACAUCAUGGCAACUUGUUUUGGCAACCCUUCAGCAUCUUGUGUGGAUUCUGGGGCUAAAGCCUAGUAGUGGUGGUGCCUUGAAGCCUGGCAGAGCGGUGGAAGGGCCCAGUACAGUUCUGACAACAGCCGUGAUGACAGAUCUGCCAGUGAUUUCCAACAUCCUUUCUAGACUGUUUGAAAGCUCACAGUAUCUUGAUGACGUAUCUUUGCAUCAUUUAAUAAAUGCACUUUGUUCCUUAUCUCUAGAAGCAAUGGAUAUGGCCUAUGGAAAUAAUAAGGAACCAUCUCUCUUUGCUGUUGCCAAGCUGUUAGAAACUGGUCUAGUUAAUAUGCACAGGAUAGAGAUUUUAUGGAGACCUCUGACUGGCCAUCUGCUUGAGGUCUGCCAGCAUCCAAACUCUCGGAUGAGAGAAUGGGGAGCAGAAGCUUUGACGUCGCUCAUUAAAGCUGGGCUGACAUUUAACCAUGAGCCUCCACUUUCACAGAACCAGAGACUACAGCUGCUUUUGUUGAACCCAUUAAAAGAGAUGUCCAAUAUUAACCAUCCAGAUAUUCGACUCAAGCAAUUAGAAUGUGUGUUGCAGAUUCUGCAGAGCCAGGGAGACAGUCUUGGGCCUGGGUGGCCAUUAGUUCUUGGAGUCAUGGGAGCAAUCAGAAAUGAUCAAGGAGAAUCAUUAAUAAGAACUGCCUUUCAGUGUCUUCAGUUGGUUGUGACAGAUUUUCUACCCACAAUGCCUUGUUCUUGCCUACAGAUAGUGGUAGAUGUUGCAGGUAGCUUUGGACUGCAUAACCAAGAACUUAAUAUUAGUUUAACAUCAAUAGGCCUAUUGUGGAAUAUUUCAGAUUAUUUUUUCCAAAGAGGGGAAACUAUUGAGAAAGAAUUAAAUAAAGAAGAGGCAGCUCAGCAGAAGCAGGCCGAGGAGAAAGGGGUGUCUCUGAACCGGCCAUUCCACCCCGCACCACCAUUUGAUUGCUUGUGGUUGUGUCUUUAUGCCAAGCUGGGGGAGCUUUGUGUGGACCCCCGCCCCGCUGUGAGGAAGAGCGCAGGGCAAACUCUGUUCUCCACGAUUGGUGCGCACGGAACCCUGCUGCAGCACGCCACCUGGCACACUGUUAUUUGGAAGGUGCUCUUUCAUCUACUGGACCGAGUUCGAGAAUCUUCUACAACUGCAGACAAAGAAAAGAUUGAGUCUGGAGGUGGAAAUAUUUUAAUUCAUCAUUCAAGAGACACGGCAGAGAAACAGUGGGCUGAGACCUGGGUAUUGACAUUGGCUGGAGUAGCAAGGAUCUUUAACACCAGAAGAUACUUACUGCAGCCUCUAGGAGACUUUUCAAGAGCUUGGGACGUUCUUCUUGACCACAUUCAGUCAGCUGCACUCAGUAAAAACAAUGAAGUGUCCCUGGCCGCUCUGAAAAGCUUCCAGGAAAUCUUACAGAUUGUGUCCCCUGCCCGAGACUCAGAGAAGCCCGAGACACCUGUAGGUACUGUGCCUGUGCCUGUCCUUAUAGGGAACAUUUCAGGCCAGGGCCUGAGCAGGCCGUUUGUGAGAACAGAUUCCAUUGGAGAAAAACUUGGAAGAUGCAGCUCUGAGCCGCCCGUGGUGACUGACGAGGCUGAAGAUCUGAAGCUCUGGUGGGCUGCCUGGAACACCUGGCACAGAACUGGGUCUGAAAGCACAGAGCCCCCCAGCACUUUUGAUGAGCUGACCUUCAUCCCCAGCCAGCCUUUCCUUACAGCCUUAAUUCAGAUCUUCCCGGCCCUGUACCAGCACAUAAAGGCUGGCUUCAGCAUGGCUGACUUGCAGAAGCUGGGCGUCAUCCUGCACAGCGCGGUGUCGGUCCCCAUCAGUUCCGAUGCGUCUCCUUUCAUUCUGCCGUCUUACACGGAAGCCGUCCUCACAAGUCUGCAGGAGGCUGUACUUACCGCCUUAGACGUGCUCCAGAAGGCCAUCUGCGUUGGACCAGAGAACAUGCAGAUAAUGUACCCCGCUAUAUUUGAGCAGUUACUGGCAUUUGUAGAGUUCUCCUGUAAACCUCCACAGUAUGGACAGCUGGAGACAAAGCACAUUGCAAAUGCAAAACACAACCAGAUCCAACUAUUUGCACCGGCGGAAUGGGUGGCCUUGAACUACGUACCAUUCGCUGAGAGGUCUUUAGAAGUAGUUGUGGAUUUGUACCAAAAAACGGCCUGUCAUAAAGCAGUGGUGAACGAGAAAGUCCUCCAGAGUAUUAUUAAGACUCUCAGGGUUCCUCUCAGUUUGAAGUAUUCAUGCCCUUCUGAAAGCACAUGGAAACUAGCGGUAGCCUCUCUCCUCAAAGUGCUUUCUAUUGGGCUGCCUGUUGCCCGACAGCACGCUUCCUCUGGGAAAUUUGACAGCAUGUGGCCAGAAUUAGCCAGCACGCUUGAAGACUUCCUCUUUACUAAAAGCAUACCUCCAGAUAAUCUCUCUAUUCAAGAAUUUCAAAGAAAUGAAAGUAUUGAUGUUGAAGUUGUUCAGCUCAUCAGCGCGGAGAUCCUCCCCUAUGCCAACCUCAUUCCUAAAGCGUUUGUGGCUCAGAUGAUGACCAUGCUCAACAGGGGCUCCAUCCAUUCCCAGCCGUCCUCCUUUACAGAAGCAGAGAUUGACAUUCGUUUGAGAGAAGAAUUUUCUAAAAUGUGUUUUGAAACAUUACUCCAGUUUUCCUUCAGUAACAAAGUCACAACACCCCAGGAAGGCUACAUCUCACGAAUGGCACUCUCUGUGCUUUUAAAGAGGUCUCAGGAUGUUCUGCAUCGCUACAUAGAAGAUGAGAGGCUGAGUGGAAAAUGUCCUCUCCCAAGGCAGCAAGUAACAGAAAUCAUCUUUGUUCUAAAAGCUGUCAGUACUCUCAUUGACUCACUGAAGAAGACUCAGCCUGAGAACGUUGAUGGAAAUACCUGGGCACAAGUAAUUGCCUUAUACCCUACGUUAGUAGAGUGCAUCACCUGCUCAUCCUCAGACGUCUGCUCUGCUCUUAAAGAGGCACUGGUUCCCUUUAAGGACUUCAUGCAGCCACCAGCAUCCAAAGUUCAAAAUGGAGAAUCUUGAGCAGCUACAGUACAUGUGGAGGAAGAGACACCCUAAGGAACGCCGUCUCCUGAGUCUCGUAGAGGAAGGACGCUCUACUGAAGUCAUUCUUGGCAGCCAUCGUUUGCCUUCUUUAAAUUAAAGUGUAAUUAUCUGGGUGCAGUAAUUCAUACAAAAGCAUACAUGUUAACAAAGGCUCCUGGAGGACGUGAGCCUUUUAAUGAGCGAUCUUGCUGGGUGGGAUAAUGAACACUACAUCGUACCUGCUACCACAUCUUCAGUUGAUAAAAGUGAGCUUAUGUACAGUUGUUGUGUGUGUGUUAAUGAUGUACUUUUUAAAAAGAAAGAUAUUUCCAUUCAGAUUUUUGAGGCUGGUGUUUUGCACCCUUUUUCAAGUACAGAAUUGUACUAAAAUUUUAUUCAAGGUGGUACUGUAACAUUCCAUACUAUCUACAACCAGCCUUUGUGAACAAAGGGAAAUGAUAUACUAUGUGUAUAAUAAAUGGUACAGUUCUGUAUAAAAUACUUGCAUUUAUUUAAAAUUUUAAAAUAUUGAUGAUGUUAAAUGCUCGAAGCUGUAUUUAUUAUUAAUACAAACUGUUUGCUUACGUUUUUACUUCUGAUUUGCCUUCUUCUGGGGCAGAUAAGCUUAUCGUGUACUCAUACAGUUGGCUUCAUGCUUUUUACAUGCAUUAUUGGUGACCAGAGGGAUCGUGUGAGCACAGCAGCAGAAGGUAUGAUUCGCUGACUUUGCACCUUUGAAAUGCAGUCAUAACGUAAUACAGAGACACGUUGUAACAGAAUGACUGGAUCAUACCUCAUUUCUUUAAGCCUGUCUCUGAACUUUCAUGCGUCUGUUUUUACACUUGCUGUCUGGAUUUUAAAGACUUUUCAUAUUUUAUAUUCCUAUGGUUUCUUCCUGUGACAUGUGCUGAAUGACGACCGAGGCAAGAUGACUUUAUACUUCAUGAAACUUUGCCUGUGAGGUUUUGUUCUUCUCUGUGCUUCCUUUUCUGGGUUCCUUCCUAGAAGAAAUAGCACCAGGCUAACCCAUAGUAUGUAAAGCAUGUGUCACACACAGGGCAAGUGGGUGUUUGGAGAAGCCUGCGUUUCCAAGAGCAGGGAGCUCACUGUGCUCGGGAAAGAGCUCCUGCCACCCUCCUGCCACCCUCCUUCUGCCCUCAGGAAGAAGGAGAGCUCAGAGCACGUGACCUCUCUACAAACUGACGUUGACCUAGCUCGCUGUAUUUUUUUUUUUAAUUAAUUAUGCUGUUAUAAUAUUUUUCCAAGUUAAAAUUUUAUUUCACAAGUGCUGAGACGUGAAACAUGUUGAAAACAUUGCUAUUAAUGAGAAGUGAGUGAGGUUAAUAUUAUUUUAAUGCACCAGAAAGCUUUUUACUUUAACAAGAUUUAUAAAUUUUGGUCUUUCCAAAAUUAUCAUACACCUAGAAGGAGGCGUUAGAGUCGAGUAGUCAAUGAGAUACAGUUUUGAGGCUAUUUUAAUUAUGUGAUGAUUUAAUUUGCACUAUAUUCUGUAUAUGUGUGGCAAGGCCUAUUUUGAAGGAAUAUUAUUUUUACUCACAUGAAUCAAUGAAUUUCUAUUUUAUUAUUUCACUUGAGGUUAAGGUAAUACAUGGCAUUUCAUAGACUGUGCUGUCAGUGUUUUCUUAAAGCUGUAAAAAAAUGACUCAAGCUGUGUAUUUUUUAUAUUUUGAUAUAUUCACUUGUGAAUUAAAGAAUAGGAAUAUCACUG